UGGAGGUGGGUGCGGGAGGCUCCCCUCUUCACACUGACUGGACUGUCCUGGGCAGGAGAGAGCCAAGAGCCCGGUGCGGCCGUGGGUGCCCCUGGGGCACACCUUUGGGACCAUGAGCCUUUCCAGCGAUGGAGGGACAUCGGGGAGCAUCUUUGACCUGGACUAUGCUUCCUGCGGAAUCCGCGCCACGCUCGUGGCCGCCGGCUUCGCCUUUUACGUGGGUGUCUUCGUGGUCUGCCACCAGCUGUCCUCCUCCCUGAACGCCACCUACCGCUCGUUGAUGGCCAAGGAGAAGGUGUUCUGGGACCUGGCAGCCACGCGGGCCGUGUUUGGGGUGCAGAGCUCUGCGGCAGGUCUCUGGGCCCUGCUGGGGGACCCCGUGCUGCAGGCGGACAAGGCGCGCGGCCAACAGAACUGGUGCUGGUUCCACGUCACGACGGCCACCGGGUUCUUCCUGUUCGAAAAUGUCGCCGUGCACGCGUCCAACUUCUUCUUCCGGACGUUCGAUGUGUUUUUGGUGGUCCACCACCUCUUCGCCUUCCUGGGGUUUCUGGGCUCGGUGGUCAAUCUCCAAGCCGGCCACUACCUGGCCAUGACCACGCUGCUCUUGGAGAUGAGCACGCCCUUCACCUGCAUUUCCUGGAUGCUCUUAAAGGCCGGCUGGGCCGACUCCCGGCUCUGGAAGCUGAACCAGUGGCUGAUGAUUCACAUGUUCCACUGCCGCAUGGUGCUCACCUACCACAUGUGGUGGGUGUGCUUCGAGCACUGGGAGGGGCUGCGGCAGAGUCUGCACUGGCCGCACCUCACGCUCUUCCUCGUGGGGCUGGGCCUGCUCACGGCCGUGCUCAACCCCUACUGGACGCACAAGAAGACCCAGCAGCUCCUCAACCCCGUGGACUGGAACUUCGCGCAGCCCGCGCCCAGCAGCGCCCGGCCCGACAGGACCAACGGCCAGCUGCUCCCCAGGAAGGAGAAGUAGCCGCGCGAAGGACAGACGGGACCCUUGCCCGCGCGCCCACCGCACACACGGGGCCCAGGACGGGCCGGCGGCGAGAGCCGCGCUGGGUGCUUUGCUAGUAUUAAUUUCGCCGUAGCCACAGAGUAUUUCUGAGCCCGUGACCUGCCUUCCCAAGCCCGUGUAGGGCCGUGGCCAGCUGCCCCCAUUAGCUCCCGUGCAUCCCCCCAGCUGUGUCCUGUGGAGCCAGGGAGCCCAUGUCACUCUGUCCCUGCCUCCACCACCCUGUGGCCUCCCUGGGGUGGCACUGUCCAGGGUCUCAAAAUUCCCGGGGGCGGGGAGGGGUCCGCUGGCCAGGAGUCUGGUGGGAGUUUUAUUUUUUUAGACCAAGGAGCGUGCAUUAAGGCAGAAAUGUCAUCUUCGUACCUGUUGUCCAGGUGAAGAACUUAGGUCAGUGGGAGUGGUGCAGAUUUUCCUGGUCAGCUCCCCCGAGCGGCCUACGCCAGGGUGGACCUUGGCGAUUGUUCCUCUGUGGGCUUCUCAAGCAGGCGGUGCCCACUUCCUCCUGCCAGUGUGGGGUGCUGGGCUGCAGGCCUGGGAGAGCACCAGGUCCCCCUCUGCCACCAGCCUGCAGGGGCCCCCCCGCCCCUUGCUGUGAAUGGACAGGUCUGCGUCUGCGGGCAGGGUGGACACUCGGUGGUCAUCAGCACCUCUGAAUGCCCGCAGAAAGUCUGCCGAGUGACCGUGGAGAUCACGUGUUCUCCAUCUGUCACCGUCACGUCCGUCUCCAUCCCUGGUGCAGUCCAGCCCGAUGGCAUGUCCAGGCGCGAUGGGAGCCCUGAGACGACCCGCAGCCCCCGCUCCUGCUGGACCGUCCUGAGACUGGCCCUGCUGGCCUGCACUGUGCCCAUCUGCAGGCAGAGCCGCCUCUGGCCGGGUAGACGUGCAAUAAAGUCCG